AUGAACUAUCAGAAUCUGAAGUGUUCGGAGUUAAAGGACCUGUUAGCCAAAAGGGGACUUCCGUCCCAUGGAAAGAAGAACGAGCUUCUAGAACGCCUGUUAAAUUAUGAAAAAGAAAAUCCCCAUCUGGUGAGUAGUCCAUACAUAUUGAAUAGUGGGAGCACUAAAGGGAACUCCGAGCAGGGGACAAAUCUCGAAGCGUCAUCGUCCACCGAUGCACAAGGAGGAAAUGCGAACAACGCAGAGGCAAAUGUGGACAAAUCCGAAAAGGAUAAUAAUCACAUAGAAGGAGGAAGCCACGUAGGAAGCGAAGAAGAAGAAAAUAUCAAUUACAAGUCGUCGUCAUCACCAUAUAUUGGGUCUCAAAAAAAAAAAAAAGUUUUAUCAGUUAAUAACAGAGAGGAAGAUUUUAAGAGAGCUGACAUAGGAAAAAUGAAAAAUUAUUUUAAAAACAUUUUAACUUCGAAUGCCAACGAUGAAGGAUCCAAGUAUCACAAAAAUGAUGAGAAAGCGGAUGCAAAUGAAAACUUAAGUCAGAAUAAUGAUCAGGACAAGAAAACCAAAAUGGUCAUUCCUAAAAUUACCUUUUCGGAGACUUCCUUGUCCACGAAGAACACCCUGCAGAAGAAUAUUCUUUCCGCCCCAGGUUCGCAAUACAGGCUAGCCCGCAGGGGUGACAGCACCAAAACGUCCAAGCAAGAUAAUCUCUACCUGACGGAGGAGAAAAAGAGGGAGCUGCGAAAGAAGCGAUUCGGCUUCGUCUCCAAGGAUGAGGUCCUGGAGUCCAGAGCCAAGAGAUUCUGCAUUGUGACUAAAAAAAUGGAAGAGGAGAACAAAAGGAAGCGAGCGGAACGCUUCGGCCUGAAGAAUGAUACUCUGAACGACUCCCAAAUGAAGAGGAAACGCGCCGAGAGGUUCGGCCUGGUCCAAGACAGUGAUAAAAUGAAAGCCAGGGCCCUCAGAUUUGGCAUAAAAUAA